CAACAAUGGAACGUUUGAACAUCAAUCCAGAUUCCAUUCCAUCCAUCCCAUCCACAUCCCCCUCUCCCUCCCCCAGUGCCCACCCCACCAGCCCACCCACUAUCGCACUAGUUCGUGACAUCCCCCCCGCCAGCCCAGCCCCACCAGCAGCCCCACCAACGCGAGAACCCCCACUAAAAAAAAAAGCACGCUUUGCCCCAACGCAUCCAUCUCAUCAUAACCGCUCACGCGUCUGCCCACCGUCGCCCCCACCACGUCCCCCCACCACCGCCCAUUUUCCACGCACGCACGAAUCAGCCAUCCAUCCAAAAACCCAAAACUCGAAACUCAAAAAAAAAUGCUUCUCCUCCGCCUGCACCUGCGGCGACGCCCGCCGCGCCUCUCUCCCUUCAAUCCCACCACCACCACCACCGCCCUUUCCACUCCCGCCACCUCGCGGCCUUUCACCACCACCCCCUCCACUCACGCCCGCACCCCCGUGCGCACAGCCAAAGAAACCAAGCGUCGCGAGAAACUAUCGCUCGACGAGCUAGCCGCUCCAACGGACGUUGCGCGCCCGCCGCUGCCGCCGCUGCCUGUGGACCGGGCGCGCGGGGCGCGUGCUGCUGCUGCUGGUACGCGCGUGAGGAAGUCGUGGUUGGAGGUGCCGCAGGG